AUGAAAAGUGCUUCUUCCAUGAGGUGGCUUGCCACAUCUCUUCUUGCCGGCGUCGCCACAGCUGUGUCGAUUGGUGAAAUCAACGGCGACAAGUUCCUCUCGUCGUACAAUAACAAGAAUGUUACUGGCGUCACCGGCGUUGUGACGGCCAAGGGCCCGAGCGGUAUCUGGAUUCAAUCCACUGGGAACGGAACUUCAGACGGUAUCUACGUCUUUAGCAGUACUCUUGCCAAGAAUACCUCUAUCGCUACUGGUGACGUUCUUGUCCUUAGCGGAAAGGUCAGCGAAUAUAGAUCCAGCAGCGCAUAUUUAUACCUUACCGAGAUCAUCUCGCCGAAGGUGACUGCCGUUCUUGGGCAUGGAAAAGCAGUUCUGCCACUUGUCAUUGGAAAAGACACCCUCAGCCCGCCGACCAAGCAGUACAGCAGCCUCGACAACGGCGAUGUUUUCGGUGUUCCUAACAACCAAUCAUUGAUCUCAAAAGUCAACCCAGUAUUGGAUCCUGAGAACUACGGGUUGGACUUCUGGGAGAGUCUCGUGGGCAAAUUGGUCACGGUAGAAAGCCCCCGCGCAAUCGCGAAGCCGAACCAGUAUGGCAACCAAUGGGUAGUUGGGUCGUGGGCUACUACAGGUGCCAAUGACCGAUAUGGCCUCACGCUGACCAGCAAGGACGGUAACCCCGAGGCUAUCAUCAUUGGAGACCCUCUUGACGGGUCAAAGAACCCCAAAGACACGGCUAUCGGUGCAAAACUGGAGACCAUCACCGGUGUUGUUACAUAUGCGUUUGGAUUCUAUUCCAUUCUGCCUUUGACAAACAUCUCGGUUGUUGAGCCGCUGGCACCAGCUCUACCCAAUGCUGUGUCCCUUACCAGUGACGGCAAAUGCUCUGGCCUCACUGUGGGUGACUACAACAUCGAGAACUUUGCGCCAAACGACACCAAACAUGUCCAGGACAUCGCUCAUCACAUUGUCGACUACAUGCAGACACCUGACCUGGUCUUCCUCCAAGAGGUUCAGGAUAACGAUGGCGAGACCGACGAUGGAGUCGUCGAUUCUGACAUUACUCUGUCUACUCUAGCAGCAGCCAUCGCAACCUUGAGUGGCGUGACGUACAACUAUACCUACAUCGUUCCCGUCAACGACAAGGAUGGUGGUGCCCCAGGUGGCAACAUUCGUGUUGCCUACCUUUUCCGUCCCGAUGUUCUGCAGCUUCGUAAUCCCAACCCGGGCAGUUCCACAACCGCCAACGAGGUUCUCGCGGGGCCCGAGCUCAAAUACAACCCAGGUCGUAUUGAUCCCACCAAUGCCGCGUGGGACAGCAGUCGCAAGCCUCUGGCGGCUGCUUGGGAGACUCUUGACGGUAACAACACCUUUUUCACGGUCAACGUGCACUGGGCUUCUAAAGGCGGCAGCUCGUCGAUUCAAGGUGAUGCCCGUCCUCCUGUGAACGGUGCCUUGGCUGCCCGCCUGGCCCAGGCCGAAGCUACUGCCAAAUUCGUGGCCCAGAUCCUUGCCGAGGACUCUCACGCCAAGGUCAUCGUAGCGGGUGACUUCAACGAAUACCCUGUUGUCAAGCCGAUUGAGGACUUCUUGUCCCUAUCUGGCCUCAAAGAUCUCGACGUCGUGGCGGGCAUUCCUGAGGUGGAGCGUUACACUUACGUCUUUGACAUGAACCACCAGGAGCUCGACCACAUGUUUGUCAGCCCUGCAUUGGCGAGCAAGUGUGCCAAGUCCAAAUUCGAGCACAUUCAUGUCAACACUUGGGUACCCUAUGACGACCAGGUCUCGGAUCACGACCCGAGUGUUGCGAAGCUCAACCUGUGCAAGUACCACUAG